GGGGUUUAGUGUGUUGGGGGAAGAGAAGAAAAGGGGCAAGCAAAAGCCCUAACCCUAAAGUCUCAUCCAAUCCAUUCCUUCAUUCACUCGCGCAUGGCAUCACUGCAAGUGCAGAGCCGGAUUUCCAAGCUUGUUUCUAGGCCCCUUCCAUAUUGGUGGAGAAUAUGCCGUUUGAGCUCCAGCUCCCUGGAAGAUGCCGGCGGCGUCAGAGGACGAUUCAACGAUGAUGGUGGUAACAGAAAUAGCCGCCGCAAUAGCGACCAAGAGCGUCCUCCUGAGCCCAUUCCCAACCGGCCUUUGAGAGGCCCAGCAAAUCCCAGAUUCGACAAUAACAGAAAACUCUCUGCCGCUAACAACAAAGCCGACUUUGAGUUUCUGGAUAAAUUGAAGCUUGGAGUUGGUGCGAAACAAGAGCAAGAGGAAGAAAAAGAAAGAGAAGUAAAAGUGGAGACAUCACCGCCUCCGCCGCCGCAAGAUGCCGAGGAGAUCUUCAGGAAGCUGAAGGAAACGGGUCUAAUCCCCAAUGCCGUGGCCAUGCUCGAUGGGCUUUGCAAAGACGGGCUUGUUCAAGAGGCCAUGAAGCUCUUCGGUUUGAUGCGCGAAAAGGGUACGAUUCCUGAAGUGGUUAUCUACACCGCCGUCGUGGAAGGCUUCUGCAAGGCCCAGAAGUUCGACGAUGCCAAAAGGAUUUUCAGGAAAAUGCAAAGCAAUGGGAUUUCUCCCAAUGCCGUCUCUUACUCCGUGUUGAUACAAGGUUUUUAUCAGUGCGACCAUUUGGACGACGCCGUUGCCUUUUGCGUCGAGAUGUUGGAGGCUGGUCACUCUCCGAAUGUCCAAACUUUUCUGGGCUUGGUUGCCAGAUUGUGUUUGAAUAAGGGUGUUGAAGAAGCUCGUACUGUAAUUGCAGCGUUAACCCAGAAGGGAUUUUUCGUCAACGAGAAAGCUAUUAAAGAGUAUAUGGAGAAAAAACCAGCGCACCCACAUGUUUGGGAAGCAAUCUUCGGGAACGAAACCCGAGAGAAACCAUUUAGUUUUUGAGUUUUCUUGUGGAUUCUGUGCGUGGCAAGGGCAGGGAGCAGCAGUGGAGGUAUUUGUCGUUGAAUGGCAUUGUUGGUGGUAGUCGAUCGUAGUGGUAUAUGAGAAUGGCAUCAGUGGAGAGAGCUGGCGUUGGUCCCAGUAGUAGUGAUACUCUUUGGAGGAAGGAGGAGGAGAAGGAAUAUAAUGGUGGUGGUACUGAAGCAUGAUACAAUUUUUCUAAUAUCUCUGUACAGGUGAUUUAAUUUCUCUUCUAGCCUUCCUUAUAGCCUCUGGGUUCUCCUCACUUCUCACAUGCGCACAGGAAAUUACAGGCAAUUAGCUAGACAAUACAAUGGAACUGAUAAUCGUUGGUCUGUGAAGCAUUUAACAGCAGGUGAAUGGCAGUAAAUAUAUUCCAUGCCAAUCUGUCUAUGGAGGGCAUUUUCCUUUUUAUAAUGUGGAAUUGGUGAAUGUUUGAAGUUUUGAAUUAAUUGGAUUACCGUUACAGUGGCUGAGAAAUCCAGUAGAGUGGAUAUAGAUGUACACUGGCUAAGGCAUUACCUCUUCAUGGAAUGAAUGCGUAGGUUCCCAUGCCACGGGGAUGAUCUUGUCUCCAAUUUAUGCACCCUUUACUUUAUCCUGAAUGCAAGAAAUCAUGGUAUUUUGGGGAUCUGCAUUAAGUCCAGAAUAACUUGUUCUAUGUGGUGGCUCUUUAAGGUUCAUAAUUUUUUGCAACAAAUUUUCCUUUUGAAGUUUUAUGAGAUAAGGUCCUUUUUGGAUCUAGUUAGGGCUAAGGUUUAAGCCGCCCUAAACUGAACCCAACUGGUUUUUUAUAUUGACACAUUGAACUUUUGAGUUGUUGAUGCGUGUCAAAUGUACAAGCUGUGGGAAAUUACUGCUCA